AUGUCUGUACCUGACAACGGACAAAAUAAUAGAAAUAGUGAUAAUGCGAUGAAUGCCGAUAAUGGAGAAUCUCAACCACAAUCACAGCAGUUUAUAAUCUUUGAAGGGAUUCCUGAUGGCCAACAACAACAACCACCACAACAAGGAUUCAACUUCCUUUGGAACUCUCAAGAUAUGAUGAAUGAUGACACCUGGGGUGGUAUCUCUAACCUUGGAAGGCUCUUGGCAUCAUUGAUGUUUAUGGUCAAUGAACCUAAAAAAAAGAAGCAUGCAUCCCAAAGAGCUUUGGACUCCUUAAAAGCAGUUGAUUUAAGCGAAUUGCUGGAGGCCGAUAGACUUUGCCCAAUCUGUUUUGAUCAUUUCGAAGGAUUAAAACAUGGGAAGCGUAAUGAUAAUGAUGGAUCAAAGGAAAAUAUUGAUGAUCAUUUCAUGAUUAUUGAUAGUGAUGAGGAAAAUGAAGAUAGUGACGAUGAGGCGAUGUUCAUGGAUGCCGAAGACCCUGGGGUGAUGCUACCAGCCUCUAUUACCGGCCAACAACAUAGUACUUACAGAAUUGAGGAUGAUCCAGUAUAUCGAUCCGUGCAGUCUAAAAAAGAGAAAGAAAAGAAAGAUGAGGUUCCAGAGAAUCAUGUGGCAGUGAGAAUGCCUUGCAAUCACGUCUUUGGGGAAUCCUGUAUUCGAGAAUGGCUUAAGAAGGAAGUGACCUGUCCAUUGUGUCGUAAAGAAGUGGAAAGUGAUGAGGCUGGAGACGAGAACGCCGACUCCAGUGGAGGAAGAAGAUCCAUGACGUUAUAUUCUUUUCAGUUAUCAAGAGGUUAUAUCAAUGGUGAUUAUUCCAGAGCUGGCGAGGGCCAUGCAUGGAAUGACCCUGAGUUGGCGCUUCCUGAGGAAGCUCAAGGUUCUGGACCUAUUUUGGGUGCAUCAAUUGUUCCACGAGAUGUUGGCAUUGACAGAAACAAUCAAUCUAAUAAUAACAACAAUAACGACAACAACAACGACAACAACAACAACGACGACGACAACAACAACAACAACAACAGUAGUAACAAUAAUAAUGAUAAUGAUAACAAUGCUAAUGAUAAUAACAAUAAUGGUUCGCGAGAGGUGCGAAAUUCAUACCAACAAACACAAAAUAAUAAUGUUAGUGGCCUGGAUGGUAGCGUGAACUUAAACAAUAGCCAAUCAAACCCUGGUGAUCCAAGCAAUGAUAAUCUAAGUUCAGAACCACAAAACGGAAAUGGAAGAUCUGGAUCAACAUUUUCGUUCCCGAGACUUUUCUUUCAAGGAGGACCGUUGGGUAGAUUUUCAAGUGCUUUAUUAGGACCAGAUAGUUCAACUUUAAGGUCAGGCACUAAUGGAACUGGUGGUGGACCUGUGAGGUCAUCCAGACAAAACUCCAAUAAUGGCCAACGAACCCAUCCUUAUUUCAGAACUUUUAUUAUCAAUGCUAAUACUCGACAAAGAAAUGAUUCAAGCAACCAGUCUUGA